AUGUCUUCAACAUCACGUUCAAAACUUGAUUUUGUACCAAUAGAAUCAAUUGCUGCGUUUGUCUUUAUUGGCGUAAUGAUUCUCGUUGGUCUCAUUGCACGAUGUCUUGCAGUAAAUCAUUCAACUGUCCGUAGUGCACAAAGUAUCGAUUUAGUGAUAUAUAAACCAGCACCCAAACCUGUUCCAGCACCAAAAGUUAGACGUUCGUCACUAGCCGAAAAAUUUCCUUCAAAUAAUGAUAGUCGAGAUCAACUAAGAUUAUCAGAUGACUCAAUAACACCAACUCGAAUUCAACGAGGACCAAAAAAUCUUUGA